UCCCCAGCCCCAGCCCAACCCUCGCGCUCUCAUUCUCACUGAUUCUCUCAUUCUCACACACGCAUGCUCUCACGAUCUGAAAUUUGAACACAAUCACAGAGAAGAGCUAAAAGUUGGAAAUCCAAAAAAGAAGAAGAUAGAUACACAUAAAAGCUUCAAAAGAAAAACAGGAGAAAAUUGAGUGAAAAGAGAAUUUCAAAGGCUCUUCCGAUUUCUGCUGCAUUACUUCUACAACUUCUGGGUGUUCGAGUUUGAUUUUGGAUUCAGAAGUUGAAGCUGCGUUUUGUUGAUUCUCUUUCUUCCGAGCUCCAAUUUACUGAUUCCAGCUUAUUUGGCUUUCUUCUCUUCUAAAUUUGAUCCUUGUGCAGUUUAGAAUAGGAGAAAUGGAGGGCUAUAUGGAGGAUUGUAGGGUGUUGCUAUCUCAAUUGAAGCAGCAAGAUAAAGACCUAAGGCUCAAAAGAAGGUGGUUAAUGGACUUGCAUUUAUCGGAACGAGAGCGAAAAAAGAUGGAAAGACUCAAACCUCAUGGUGAUAUGACUUUACCUGAAUCAUUGAUUAGAAAAGAUGAUUUAUAUUAUGAAAAUAUUAGAACUUCUGUUGCAAAGGCAUUUGGAGUGCAUAAGGAUGAAAGGACAUGUCCUGAUGCUCCAGCCAUAUUGCUCUUUAAUUCAGCUGAGAAUUUGGGAUGCAUAUAUUCCCUGCUUGAUAAGAUGAACAACAAGGGGUUAUGCUGUAUUGCGGAGACAGUAACUGGUGGUUCAAUUACUUUUGAGAAAACCAAUUGGCAAAUGAGAAGGAUAAUAAAGCAAUUUCUUCCCAAAAUUCUCCAUAACCAUGAUGAUUCCAGUCAAAGUCGGAUUAAAAGAAUUUCUCAACUCCUCAAUGAUCCUCAAAACUUCCAUGUUAACCAUGGGGUUCUUUGUUCUACCUCCAUAUCCUUUCGAAGUGCUGCUAUUUAUAUACUGGAUAGACUUGAGGAGCUGUCUCUUCUAACUUUGAGUAAAAUGCAUAGAAAUCUCAGGGAUGUCACUGGAUACACCCCUAAGAUGCAGUCUAAACGAAUAGGGUGGAAUAUUGAAAAUUUAGUUAAACAAAUCAGGAGAACAUCUUUGGAAAUACUAUCAGACUAUGAAGAAGGGGAUGAGCCACCAGAACCCCUGGCCAAGGCUUUGUCCGUGGCAACCUUAAUGUUAAAGCCAAAACCUGAUUGUCCCUCUCAGAUGGUGUUCCAAAAACUUUCACCAGAUAUAGAAGCAUUGCAGAAUGAUAUAGCAAAAGCAAUCAGGAUACUAGAUGAUAAAAGAAAAAUAAGUUUUGCGGAGUUGGGAAAUUUGCCGCUUGUACUGGAUUCGAAUGCUAAAGCUGCCAAAGAAAGUGUUCGUUUGCGUGUGAAAGUGAGGAAACUGUUGACUGAGUAUCUUCUCGAAUGCAGCGACUUGCAGUCUAUACCUGAAAGUUUACUAGAAAGUCUUGCUAUUAUUAACACAACAUCUAGGCAUGCAUCUAAGAAAACCUACUCAAAUAAGGAGGUUGAAGAGGAAGUAGAAUGUGUGCUGAAUAUUAGUGCUCAGAUAAAACAAAUUGUUUGGGAUUUACUUGCUGAAAGUGAUGUCAGUGAAGACUUUGCUAAUGCAUACAUGGAGAACAUCGAGGAAACUUAUUUUGAAGCUGGUGAUGAAGAUGAGAAUCUUUCUGAUCAUCCUCGAAAUUGUAGGUCUGAUUCUAAUUUCUCAUACAGCCAAUUAGAAAGUGUCGGUGAGAUAAACCAAUGUGGCUCCAAGUCUUUAUCCUCUCUGCUUUCACCCAAACACAAGUUGAACGUCAAACUUGAGUCAAUGUAUACCGAUGAAGUAGAUUCAGUUCAUUCCAAUUGGUUUGACAAUUCCUCGUCAUUCUUAGAAGGUGCUAAGAGUAUGAGUGGAAAAGAUUACCAUUUUAGAAGCAUGGGCGAGCACAGAGGAAAGCAUUCGUGCCCAUCUAUGUCCACCAGAGAUCAGAAUAAAUUUUCUACAACUUUCUUGCCUAAUAUAGGAUCAGACAGGAACGAUAUGGAUCAAAAAGAAGUUGCAUGGCAUCUAGGAUGCAGGCCACCAAGAUAUACAUCGGAAGAGUGUUCAGAAGAAAAAAAUGCAUCGUCUCGCAGGAACAACUUGAGUAAAAAUCAGUAUCUUCUUAUUCAGGAAGCUUCUGAUGAUACUAGUAUGGUUGCUUACAGUCUUGUCGGCUGUAUGUUGAAUAAGUUUGCUCAGUUGGAUGGGCUACAGUUAUCUGAUGAUGAUGUAUCAUAUCUCCAAGGCAAUACAUCAGAUCCCAACAAUUUUGAAGUUCUCAAGGACAGGGGAAGCUUCUCUGAUGAGACCACUAACUCCUUAAUGCUACAUGUUCUUGAAGAGAUAAUUCCUUCAUUUCCGGACAGUGGUAAAGAGCAUCUGAAGGAGCUGUUGGGCGUGAGGUAGCUUCUGAAUCCUCGAGGCAUUGAUGGGAGCAUAGCCCAAGGCUCAAUUAUAUAGAAACUGACAUAGAUUUGGUUGGUGACGGUAUCUUGCAAGGACCGUGAUUCCUGCAUUGUUGGAAAGAGAUGCGCUUACACGUAAGUUUUUUUGGAAGUAGCUAGAAAGAUUGUCAGGGCUUCACCAAUUGUGCACUUGAAUAGACACAUUACGACUCUAGCUGGAAAUCCAGUCUGAUGAACAUGGUGCUGAUGUUGCUUACGCAAUGAAGAAUUUUGGCCAGAAGAGCAGAAAAUUUAUCCUUUUCUAGGCCUAGAUAUGUAUGUAUAUGAAUUCGUUUGUACUUGUUAUUUGUUAACUUAUAUUUUUUGGUUAAUAUUCGUAUUGGACAAGCGAGAAAAUAAAUUUCUGGUAAUAGAUAUGAUAUAUCGGCAUUUCAUUUAAUCUAAGAGAGAUGUAAACACUUGAUUUCUCAUGGGCGAUAGAUAAUUACAACCUCAGUGAAAUGCCAAUUUGAACAACUGAUGUUGGACUAAAUCUUAUGGAAAUCAGCGUUGUGUUUUUCA